AACACAUCCAGCAAUGUAUAUAAGCAAGUCACAGAGCAGCUACUGCUAAACAUCGAGCAAUUCAGGAAAAAUUUAGUAGAUCUAGCAACUGAGAUUGAAAAUGUCACUGGGAUUACAGUGCCUUUUACUGCUUGCUAUUUCAAGCAGCCUUCUAGCAUUGCCUGUUUAUAAAACAAGAAGAGGAGACAAUUUUGAGAGGUCAUUUGGAAGCAGAGUUUCAAGAGAUGCAGAAACAUCCAAUACUAAAGGCGAAGAGAACGAAUUUUUGUUUGAAGGAGAUAUCAAGCUUGAAGAUGGAUAUAAUCCAUACGCAGACCAGAUAGUCAAAAGAGAAGCAGGUGGCAGUGGUGACGGUGUCGAGGUCGAGGUGGAGCCUUCAGCUGUUCCUAAUGAAAAAGCCUUCCAAUUGAGAGACGAUCUUUGGGUGGAAGGGAAAGUCCCAUACAAAUUCGAGACAUCAUUGAGUCCCAUGUACAGAGACAUAUUCAUUGAGGCCAUGAAAUGGUGGAGCAAUGCAACUGGUGGAUGUGUCAGUUUCCAUCAUGCUUCACAAAACGAUCAAGAUUUCCUUCUCUACAGAAAAGAUAACGGAGGGUGUUCAUCGUUUGUUGGUCGUCGUGGAGGUGAGCAGUAUCUCAACAUCAGUAGCACUUGCUCCGGUGUUGGAAAUGCUGCACAUGAGAUUGGGCAUGCACUUGGACUAUGGCAUGAGCACAGCAGACCCGACCGUGACCUGUACAUAAACGUUCUAACAGAUAAUAUUAAAUCACAAAAGAUUGCUGACAACAAUUUUGGGCUCCUAUCGCAAAAAACCUUCAGCAAAGUGCCACCUGUUACAUACGACAUAGAGAGUAUAAUGCAUUACGGAGCGUAUGCAUUCACAAAUGACCAGACCAAAAAAACUAUCGAGGUACGAGAUGGCGCUGACUGGGAUAUGUGUGACAACCCGGAGGAAAUGGGCCAAAGAGAGAGAAUAUCUCAUAAAGAUACCCUCCGCAUAAAAAUGCUCUAUGGAUGUGGAGUUGUCACCCCGAUGGACAUGCCCCAGUCAUGUGAGACAACGACACCCACCCCCACUCCAACAACCCCUCUUGCUUCAACACCCACACCCACUCCAACAGCGACAAUAAGGCUCAUCUCAAAUAAUGUUAUCACUCUUCAAUUUUUCGCUGGUCCAAUUAAUGAUAAAAAUGAGCUAACAAAAUACGGAGUAAGAUGUGUUCCCAGUCCUGGCUGUACACCCACCCCCUGCAUCUCUUUGGGCGGGACAGACGGGCACUGUUCAGUGGCUAAAAACGAAUUCAGGAUUAUCCGGCCAGGAGAUGCGAAAAUACGUGCUGGCGAUAAAGUUCUGCUAAGAUCAGUGCACAAGUCUUCGAUGUGGUUGAAUUGCAGUAGUGGUAUUAACAACGAGUGUAAUAUCAGUCCAUGUACAAGCAACGCAGCAGACCCAAGCAACUCGAGCUAUAUCUCGGAAUGUAAAGACCACUUCUUCAUCAUUGAAGGAAUUGGUAGAAAGUCAGGGAAAAUUUUGUCGACAAAACAUCAGAUCCAGUUCAAGAGCUACGAGAACAAUAAGUAUCUAAACUGCGAAGACAAAAAAUGUCGACUCAUUGAAGCCAACGAGUGCCCUGCUACUGAUAGUAAUGAAAAUAACUGUGAUACCGGUAUCCAAAGCUACAAUAUUACAAAAAUAAGAGAAUAUUAAUCUUCAUAUAAACUAGGUGUAUAAUUAUUAUUGAAAUCCAAUCAGUCACUAUUCUUAUUUGUACUACAUUGUGAUCAUGUAUCUAACUAUUAUCCGAGGCUGGCACCUCCCGUUUUCUAUGUUUUGUACCAUGUAUGUAUCAAUCAUUAAUCAUUAUAAUCACUUUACGCUUCCUUCCUUAUACAUGAUUUCAUAUGCUAUUCACUGGUAUUUAUUUAUUCAAAAUGUGAACUUUUGACACUAAAUUGUUAACAGAUUUACCAUAAUUAUUACAUGCAAGCAUCAAA